UACCUUUCCAAUACAAUCUAUAACUGAGGCUCAUUGUGUCCUGUAAGCUCCAGCAGUCAAGGUGUCCCUCUGUGUUUGGCUUCACUCGGGCAAAGGCAAGGAGACAUGGCUGUGGCUAAUUUCCAGUACAUUACCCGGAUGAGCAGUGGCUUUAAAGUCUACAUUUUAGAGGGUCAGCCCCACCUCAGGAGUGAAGACAGAUACAGACAUAUGGCAAAUGACCGGGCUCGCGCCCCGACGGCGCAUCCAGUCAAACGCAAGCACAGCUACGAAAGAGGCCUGACAUUGGAGGAAAGGCGAGAGCGGGCUCUGAGCAGAAGCAGUGGCAAAGCUGCCCAGAGAGCAGCGCCAGCACCAGCAGUGUUCAACAGGCCGCAGAGCCCCACAUCGACCUGGAGUCCAACACCCAGCCCCACCAGUCCUCUGCCCACUCAUGUGUACUACGCUCCAGUCAUGGAUGAACCUCUUGCCCUUAUCAAGAAACCAAGAAAAGACCCUGAAAGUACAGAGGGACAGACUAAAAGCUCUGCUACCACUCAAAUCCAGAUGCGUCCCUCUGUGAUCACUUGUGUCUCCUCAUCCAGAAACCCCUCCUGCAGAUCCGAGGUCCACAGGGGCCCCUCAUCAGUGAUUUCCAAAUCCAACUAUGAUCACGUCGUUGAGGAGCAUUUCCAGAGAAGCCUCGGCGUGAACUACCAGAAAGCUCGCUCCCAGCAGCUCUCAAUCAGCGUGUCUGUGGACGACCACUUUGCCAAGGCUUUGGGAGACAAGUGGCUACAGAUCAAAUCCAAGUCUUCCUCCUGCUCUUCCACACCUCCCAGCAGUCCAAGUGUCACUCACUCCCCCACCUACAGCCAGUCGCACAAAGAGUCCACCAGCAGCUCAUCACCCACUUCCAGCCACUGGUCUGUCAAUUAAAGCAGAAACGACCUCUGAUACGGACUGUAACUUUAAAUAAUGCCCUGCGUGCAGCUCUGCUUGUCGAGCAAUGGAAAUGCCAGCACUAGUGUUGUGAGGGCGAGCUAACAGAUGCAGGAGUGCUGUCACUUUGGACCGCCGUGUGUCUGAAUUUGAGACACUCUGAUGCAGAUGAAUGUAGCAAUAAUUCCCUGUUGUGUUACAUUUCUAUCCUCUGCUUGUCGAUAGCACCUGAAUACCUGAGAUACUGUAGACAAGGGGUGUCAAACUCAUUUUAGUUUGGGGGCCACAUACAGCAAGAUUUGAUGUCAGGUGGGCCGGACCAGUAAAACCAUAAGAUAUUUUACAGUUUAAAAAACUUGAUACAGUCAGAAGGCUUGAUUUUGAGUGUGGGUGUAGUUUGAUAUGUCCUGAACUCAACUAUUUCAGUUAAUGUCAGUUAUUAUGUAGCAAUGUGGUUUCUUUUAUAACGCCUCAAUUUUCAGAUUUGAAGUCAUUUCAGGAUAGAAAUGUUGGACUUUUAAUUUGAAAUAUUUUUAAAUUUAUUCAAUCAGUUUUUGUGUCUGUAUAUAGCCAGAUAUGUCCUCAACUGAAAUGUACCAGUCAUUGUCAGGAAUUAUUUCAUUUGUAUUUCCAGCAACCCAAAAUAUCAUAACAGAAACAUUUUCCCCACAAUUAAGUGGUAUUUACCUCUGAGAUAAAAAUCAGUUGGACUCUGGUAUUAAUUACUUAUUUGAAAUUUCAGACUUUGUAAAGUCAUCCAGAGGGCCAGAUUCCAGCCUCUGGUGGGCUGGUUCUGGCCUGUGGGCCAUAUGUUUGACACCCCUGCUGUAGAUGGUGAUGUGGGAUGAUUGAAAAAAAAAUCAGCCAAAUAAUCCUUAACAUUUCUUUGAGUUUGUGUUGUUCUUUUGAUGCAGCCUGAAUGCCACAAUUUCGUUGUACUGUAUUAUAUUUAUGUUCUGAUAACAUAUGGGUUCCUUAUAGUCUCAAUGACUAGCCUGUCUGCUGUAUAAUAUGAUGCUUAGCAGCUGUACACAAGAGAUUUUUUAAAAGACUUUAAAGAAAUAAAAAUAUAAAA